UGGCAGUGCAAGCAACGGUGAUGUUCACGCCCAAGAGGGUAUCACCUGCAUGCAACAAUAACGAUUCCCAUCACAGACAGUCCAAAAUAUCCAAACUCUGUUCUCCACCACAUGCAAUCUCACUAAGACAGGCAUAUGCACCUACACUACUUCCAAAUGCACCUUCUUCAACCCCCAAAACCCCUAAGACGACACACUCAAUGGCACCAGAGAAGAUUGAAGUUUUCAAGUCACUUGAGGGUUGGGCUUCACAGUGCAUCUUGCCUCUUGUCAAGCCCGUCGACCAAAGCUGGCAGCCCCAUGAUUUGUUACCAGACUCGUCCCUUCCGGUGGACGACUUCAAUAAUCAGGUGAGGGCCCUAAGAGAGCGGACUGCUGAGCUUCCAGAAGAUUAUUUAGUGGUUUUGGUGGGUGACAUGAUCACUGAGGAUGCUUUGCCCACCUAUCAAACAUGGAUCAACCAGCUCGAUGGCGUUGGGGACAAGACGGGCUCGUGCACAAGCCCAUGGGCAGUGUGGUCUCGGGCUUGGACCGCGGAGGAGAACAGGCAUGGAGACUUGCUCAAAACCUAUCUGUACCUUUCGGGUCGAGUUGAUAUGCUUAUGAUUGAGAGGACCAUCCAUCACUUGAUUGCGGCUGGCAUGGAUUGGAAAACUGACAACAAUCCGUACAUGGGAUUUGUGUACACAUCAUUUCAAGAACGAGCCACUUUCAUUUCACAUGGCAACACGGCUCGACUUGCCAAAGAGAACGGCGAUCCAGUGCUUGCACGAAUAUGCGGCACCAUUGCUGCAGACGAAAAGCGCCAUGAGAAUGCAUACCAAAGGAUUGUCGAGAAGCUUCUAGAAGUGGACCCCAGUGUGACAAUGCUGGCAAUAUCAAAUAUGUUGCGUAAAAAUAUCACAAUGCCAGCACACUUGAUGCACGAUGGGAGGGAUCCACACCUCUUUGAUCACUUCUCUGCAGUGGCACAACGACUUGGUGUAUACACAGCCGCUGAUUAUGCUGACAUUUUGGAGUUCUUGAUCCAACGGUGGGAAUUAGAGAAGAUACAGGGAUUAACGAGUGAGGGAAGGCGUGCACAGGAUUUUGUGUGUGGCCUUUCACCUAGAAUUAGAAGGUUACAAGAACGCGUAGAUAAAAGAGCACGUAAAAUGGAGCCACAGGGUGUCAAAUUUAGUUGGAUCUUCAAUAAAGAGGUGCCCUUGCUGGUAUAAAAAAUAAACAAAUUUUUGCAUUUUAGAAUUGAUUUUGGUGAAAUUUAUUUCAUCAAAAUUGAUUUUAGUUAAAGAGUGAUUCUAAUUAAUAAAGUACUAUAUCUAUGUCAAUGUCAAUUUUGUUGUAUUACUAUUAUUACUACAUGUCAGUUAAAUGAUGAAAGAUAAA